CAGGCCGUUUGUGUGCAAUGCCCCCGGCUGCGGACAGGCUCGGCUUUUCUCGUAGCCCUGAAACAAUAGUGCAGCGGAGAGGACGGGGUGAGCCUGGUGCGGGGCAUCUUCCGAGAGGAUAAACCACCAAACCUCUCGGAUGAGACCCAAUUUAACCUCCCGUCCCCUCCGCCCUUGAGAAUUCGCUUUGGCAAUGAGGGUGAGGGGCUUGGAUUGGAGGUGAGGGACCGGUUUUCUGGAGCAGAGUCUGCUGCUGCUGGCGUCCCGUUUUCCCAGCGCAACUUUUUCUUAACGCUCUUCCCGGGAGGUUUACAAACGAGGACCACCUGGCGGUUCAUAAACACAAGCAUGAGAUGACAUUGAAAUUCGGCCCCGCUCGCACCGACUCGGUCAUCAUCGCAGAUCAGACUCCGACCCCGACUCGCUUCUUGAAGAACUGCGAGGAAGUGGGACUCUUCAAUGAACUGGCCAGUUCCUUCGAGCACGAGUUCAAGAAAGCCGCCGAGGAUGACGAGAAAAAGAGCGCCGGAGCCCUGGACAUGUCCCUGCCCUCCACCCCGGACAUCAAGAUAAAGGAGGAAGAGCCGGUGGAGGUGGAUUCUUCUCCUCCGGACAGCCCUGCCUCUGCCCCGCGGUCACCGCAGAGCAAGGAGAAGGAGAUCGCCUCCAAGCCUGUCAUCAUUUCUACACCUACUCCAACCAUCGUGCGUCCGGGCUCGCUGCCGCUGCACCUGGGUUACGACCCGCUCCACCCCACGCUGCCGUCCCCCACCUCUGUCAUUACCCAGGCCCCCCCCUCCAACAGACAGCUCGGGUCUCCCACGGGUUCCCUCCCGCUUGUCGUGCAGCUUGCGAACGGACAGACCAUGCCCGUCCUCCCAGGCCCUCCCGUACAGAUGCCUUCUGUUAUAUCGCUGGCCCGGCCCAUGUCCAUGGUGCCCAACAUUCCCGGUAUUCCUGGGCCACCCAUCAACAGCAGCGGGUCCAUUUCGCCAUCAGGACUCCCGGUGCACUCAGAAGCCAAAAUGAGGCUGAAGGCCAGCUUGACGGCGUCUUCCUCGCUGAACGGCAGCAACCUGGUGGUGGGCUCGGCCAGCACGAUGGUGACCGCGCGUCCGGAGCAGAGCCAGAUACUUGUCCAGCACCCCGACGCCCCUUCCCCGGCUCAGCCACAGGUGUCCCCCGCCCAGCCCACCCCCAGCACCGGCGGGCGACGGCGACGCACGGUUGACGAAGACCCGGACGAGCGCCGGCAGCGGUUCCUGGAGCGAAACCGGGCUGCGGCCUCCCGCUGCCGUCAGAAACGCAAGCUCUGGGUGUCUUCCUUGGAGAAGAAGGCCGAGGAGCUCACCACCCAGAACAUCCAGCUGAGCAACGAAGUCACGCUACUGAGGAACGAAGUCGCUCAGCUCAAGCAGCUCCUGCUGGCUCACAAGGACUGUCCCGUCACUGCACUACAGAAGAAAACACAGGGCUAUCUCGAGAGCCCGAAGGAGAGCUCCGAGCCCAGCGGCUCCCCGGCUCCCGUCAUCCAGCACAGCUCCGUCACCGCUUCCCCCAACGGCCUCAGCGUCCGCUCGGCGGCCGAGGCGGUGGCCACCUCGGUGCUGACCCAGAUGGCCAGCCAAAGGACAGAACUCGGCCUGCCCGUCCCCUCCCACGUCAUCAUGGCCCCACAGUCGCAGUCUGCUGGCAGAUGAUGUCCCCGCCGGGGGCGAGUGACACGGAGCUCACCGCAGCCGCACAGACUGGCCACAGCCGAGUCCCCCCGACGAGGAUUUUUAUUUCUUAUUUCUUUUUUUUUUUUUC